AUGGUGAAGGAUAAGGAUACAAUACAAAUUAAAUCAGGUAAUUUGAAGCAUGAAUGUAGCAGAGACCAUCACAUUAGGCAUGUUAAUGCAAAGUGGAUAGCAAAGAAGUACAUGGACCAAUUCAGAUCAGAUCCCUCAUGGAAGAUCAAUGGAAUCAUUCAGGCUGUGAAGACUAAUCAGGAGGUUCACAUUAGCAGAUUAAUAGCUUGGAGGGCUAAGUCCAUUGCACUGAAGAUGCUGGAUGGUGAUGAAAAAACUCAAAUUACAAGACUAUAUGACUAUAGAUUGGAAUUGAUUAUGACUCACCCUAGAUCAACUGUGAUGUUCAAACGCAAUGAAGGUGUCUUCAGUGGCAUGUAUGUAUGCUUAGCACCCCUCAAAGCUUGUUUCCUAGCAGGCUGCAGACGCAUCAUAUCAGUGGAUGGAUGCUUUCUCAAGGGACUCUAUGGAGGACAACUAUUAACAGCAAUUGGAAUAGAUGCUAAUGAUGGCAUCUACCCUGUGGCAUGGGCUAUGGUGAGUAAGGAAAAUCAUGAGAAUUGGAUGUGGUUUUUGGAAUUGCUCACAGGGGACUUGCAGAUAACAGACAGUUAUAAGUGGGCUUUCAUGAGUGACCGACAAAAGGAGAGAAGUUGUACUUGUAGGCGAUGGCAACUAACAGGACUACCAUGUGCUCAUGCAAUCUCAUCCAUAUUUUAUAACAAAGAGAAACCUGAGGAUUAUGUAGACGAUUGCUAUAAGGUCACCACAUUCUUGCAAACAUACAAUCACCUCCUAAAUCCAACCCAAGAUAGUGUUUGUUGGCCUAAAAGUGCUGAAAACCCAAUGAUUCCACCUGAGCUAGCAAACAAGAAGAGAGGUAGGAAGCCCAUGUUGAGGAAAGAAGCAGGUGAUGAAAAUGUUGGAUUCUGCAAUGGAAGGGUAAGCAGAAAGGGUGCACAAAAAAAAUGCAGCAUCUGUGGUGUCCAAGGCCAUAACAAGAGAUAUCAUGGGUUGCAGGGAAACAAUAGAAGGGAAACUACACAGGAGGUUGAACAAAUAGUUGGAGAAGCAAAUGAUGACACAAAUUGCCCAAUGGAAGCAAUUGACCCUCAGGUUGAUCUUCUAAACAAGAAGAUUGGAAAUGAGGAACCUGUAGCUGGGAGUAAUGUUUCAGAAUCAGUGCCACAGAUGGUUAAUAUCUCUGUGCAAGCUUUUCUUGGUUUAGCACCUGAAAUUCAAACUAAGAUUCUCGAAUGUGAGGAAGAAGAAGGAGAAGAAGGAUUUGGAUUCUCAGGACUCGGAUUCUCAGAUUUGAUAGAUGAAAAUGAGAAAGAAGAAGAAGGAGAAGAAGUCUCAGGAUUCUCGGAUUUGAGAGAUGAAAAGAAGAAGAAGAAGAAGAAGAAGAAGAAGGGGCUGACAUGGUGGUUGAUGUGGUGUUAA